GCGUCCGGCCCCGCUCCGGGCCCCGCCUCCAGCUCGCCGCGGACAGCCCGGAGCGGGGAGCCGGCCGGCGGAACCGGGCCGGGAGCGCCUGAGCACUUUAAGGAGGGGGGCGGGCCCGGGGGCGGUGGCCCCAGGAGCGGUUGCCGCGGGGACGGGGCGGUGACGCGGUCCGAGGGCGGAAGUGAAAAAGUUGCCGGCGCCCCGAGGCAAGUUGGCGGAGCUGUGCGCGCGGCGCGACGAUGGGGGGCUCGGGCAGUCGCCUGAGCAAGGAGCUGUUGGCCGAGUACCAGGACUUGACGUUCCUGACCAAGCAGGAGAUCCUCCUAGCCCACAAGCGGUUUUGUGAGUUGCUCCCCCCAGAGCACCGGAGUGUGGAGGAGUCACUGCAGAUACGAGUGUCCUUGGAGCAGAUCCUCAGCCUUCCAGAGCUCAAGGCCAACCCCUUCAAGGAGCGAAUCUGCAGGGUCUUCUCCACAUCCCCAGCCAGGGACAGCCUGAGUUUCGAGGACUUCCUGGACCUCCUCAGCGUGUUCAGUGACACAGCGACUCCAGACAUCAAGUCCCACUAUGCCUUCCGCAUCUUCGACUUUGAUGAUGAUGGAACCUUGAACCGGGAAGACCUGAGUCACCUCGUGAACUGCCUCACAGGACAGGGUGAGGACACUCGUCUUAGUGCUUCAGAGAUGAAACAGCUCAUUGACAACGUGAGUAGCCGGGCCGGGCCAGGGAGUCAGAGGGAAGGGCUGGGACUAGGUCUGAAGCUCUCCCUUCCCCAGAUCCUGGAAGAGUCCGACAUUGAUAGGGAUGGCACCAUCAACCUCUCAGAGUUUCAGCACGUCAUCUCCCGUUCACCGGACUUCGCCAGCUCCUUUAAGAUCGUCCUGUGACAGGAGCCAUGGCAUGUGUCCCAGCGAGCACCCCGUCAGAGAGCCUUUCCACUGCUGAGCUGUGGCCGAGGCCAUGCCUGUGUUGCCAGGGCCGGCCAAGCUGGCCUAGCCCAGAGCUGGCACCGUGUGGUCCUGCUCCAGGCAGGGAAGGCCCCUCCAGACCAGGGCCUCUCUCCUGUCAUUGUCAUCGCUCUGUUUGUGUUCUACUGAUCUAUAAUAAAGGUUUAGACGUUU